ACCGAGCGCCAUGUCCGCGUGUGCGCCGCGCGCCUGCUGCCGGCCGCGCGCCCCGCCGACGCUGCUCGACAUCACGGCCAAGAUCGUCGCCGCGUCCAUCCCCUUCCAGCGCAUCGAGGAGCGCUACGAGCGCAUCCCGGAGCCCGUGCAGCGCCGCGUGGUGUACUGGUCCUUCCCGCGGGAUGAGCGCGACAUCUGCAUGUACUCGUCCCUGGCGCGCGCGCCGCCCGACGACCACCGCAACAUCGCCUUCUGCCGCGGCCUGAAGCUGCUGGAGGCCGGCUGCGUGGAGAGCGUGCUACAAGUCGGGUUCCACCUGAGUGGAGUGGUGCGGGCGCCUGCAGCCGUGCCUCCGUGCUCGGAGCCCGAAAGGCUCUACAGGGUCACUGUUUCAUUUGACAGAUGCAAAAUAACAGGCGUGACAUGCAGCUGCGAAGCGCGAGACAUCUUUUGGUGCCAGCAUGUCGUCGCGCUGGCUCUCUACCGCAUCAGGAACGCCGACUCCGUGCGGCUGCGGGUGCCUAUAUCAGAAACCCUGCUCCAAAUGGACAGGCAGCAGCUGCAGAAGUUCGUGCAAUACCUGAUAGCGGAGCACCAUACGGAGGUGCUGCCAACCGCCCAAAGGCUGGCCGACGAGGUCCUGCAGGCCAGGUCGGCUAUCAACAGGAUAUGCGGCGCGCCCGACCCCACGGCUGGGCCGCCACCCGACGCGCACCAUGCUUGGCACUUGGAUGAACAGCAGGUCUGUGAACAAGUGCGGGCGUACUUAUUACAGGGGACUUAUUACAAUGCAAAUAAGCAGCUUAAUUCGUUAUUUUCUAAGGUACGAGAAAUGCUUCGCGCGCAAGACUCAAACGGCCCUCGGAUGCUCAUGCUUAUGACCGAGCAGUUCCUCUCAGACCCUCGGCUCCUUCUUUGGAGGAACCAGAACACCCCCAUGACAGAGAAAUGCAGGCAGCUGUGGGAACAGCUGGGAGCUUUAUGGGUCAGCAUAGUGCUGGACCCUGGGAGUAAUAAGCACCACAGGAUACAGUGGAGACAUCUGCUGGAGAAAUGGUCGGCGGUUGAAGUCUGUCCUACUGAGGACCCGGACUAUAGAUCUUUUCCAUUGUACGCAAGAGAGAGGGAGAGGAACGAGAGAGAUCGCGACAGAGACCACAGAGACAGGGACAGAGAACGCCACAGGGACCGCGAGGAGAGAGACAGAGAGAGACUGCGCGAAAGAGAGGAGAGAGAUAGAGAAAGACAUAGAGAAAGACAAAGAAGAGAUUUGCAUUCCCAUUCGGAGAGUUCCGAUGAAGAAUCUAGGCCUAAUAAUUAUGAACGUGAAUACAGGAGAGCUAGCAAACGGUUAAGACUGCACAAUUCGCGGCCGGCGCCUUCGUUGACCCCGAGGACUGUCUUCCACAAAGCGCUGGACGCGGUUGACAUAAGCUGGGAGAAUGAGCACCUGAAGUACAUUCUCAGCAGUGACGAGUAUUCUGAUCCUGAAAAACCGGAGAAGGCUGGUGGCUCGGCUGCUACAGUACCACAACCCUACCCCAAGUUUAACGACCUGGGACAGCCUCUAUGGCAUGAACAUUUGCCAGUAGUGGGGGCUCGGAUAGAGGCCCUACGAGCUCACGGACGUGCUCCCGCCGCUUUAAGACUGGCCGUCAGUGCAGCGAGGGCCAUGAGGCAUCGACAGGAGGUAGCCCAACACCGGUGGCACGAAGUAGGUGCGGGCGAGGCCUCCUCCAGCGGCGGCGCCCCCGCCCCGGCCUGCGCCGGCGCCGACGCCUGUUCCGGCGCCUGCGCCGACCGCGUCAAGCUGUCACUGGUCUGCGCGCACAUGGACUCUGGUGUCUGCCUCACUAGCGCGGCUACUUGUGCUCUGUCUCACACGCACCGGUGUAUUGGCCGAGGAGCGUCGAGAACGUUGACCCAUCGAGGAAGGGAGAUUCUUACACUAGGUACAUUGCUAUCACAUCCUCUAAGGACUCUAGUAACCAUUCUCUCUAACUACGUCGAUGCCUGCUCCGGCGCCUGCGCCGACCGCGUCAAACUGUCACUUGUGUGCGCGCACAUGGACUCUGGUGUCUGCCUCACUAGCGCGGCUACUUGUGCUCUGUCUCACACGCACCGGUGUAUUGGCCGAGACAGCAGAUGUUGGACAGGCUGGACGCUGGAGGCGAUCUGGUGCGUGUACGAGUGCCUGGCCGACGCGUGUCUGGCGCCCGACGACCAGCGCGCUUCGCCGCGCCUACACACGGCCUAUCUGGACGAGGAGCCCAACACUGGGCUUCCACCAAGAUAUCAGCACGUGCCAGUAGCUGGCAGUAAAAACCCUGAAGAGACAUACUUAGCGCUGGCGUUAGAGGCCGCCUUACUGGGGCUGGGCAUGCAGAGGAUGCUGCCCAGUGGGCUAUACGCACAAGAGCGGUACUGCAAGCAGGAAGAGCGCCUAAUAGGCCAGCUCCAGCGGGUAGAAGGCGAAGCAGCCGCGGGAGUUUGCGCACGCGUCGCGAAGGCAUUGCUAGAGGGCGGGCCCUCUUCGUGUCUUGGGACCAGAGUUCACCCACGGUCGGCUCCUGCUCAUACAUUCGCGAGGUUCCUGUUCCUUACUCUGCUGCCGAGUGACCCUGAACUGGCUUACAGAGUCGGCUUGAGGGCUAUGAGGUACGUUACUUCUCUGUCUAUUGAAGUAGUUAAGGCACUACUAGAGGGCGGGCCCUCUUCGUGCCUCGAGAUCAGAGUGCACCCGUGCUCGGCGCCCGCGCAUACAUUCGCGAGGUUCCUCUUCCUCACGCUGCUGCCGAGCGACCCUGAACUGGCUUACAGAGCCGGCUUGAGGGCUAUGAGAGUACACCCACGCUCGGCGCCCGCGCAUACAUUCGCGAGGUUCAUGUUCCUCACGCUGCUGCCGAGUAACCCUGAGCUGGCUUACAGAGUCGGCUUGAGGGCUAUGAGGUUGCCAAUGGUGGAGGAGGCGUACGCGCUGGACGGCGCCGGCAGCGCGGCCGGCAGCAUGGCGGGCGCCGGCGCCUGGCACACGCUGCAGCACGCCGAGCAGCAGCAGGCGGCGCUCGCCAGCGCUCUGCUAGGAGCGGCGCGAGGAACGCCAGCGCGACUCAGAGCGGCUCUAGGAGCGGCUCAGAGGCACGUGCGAUCCGCGGCUCAACUGUUCCGACUGGCACAAGACGCGCUCCGCCACGCGGCACCGCCCGACGCGCCUCAUCACCACCGAGACUUGCUGGCAGCCGCCUUCGAGCUGGGCUUACAGGUCUUACGGAUGACUCUCUCAUCAGUAAACUGGAGGCGAAGAGAAAUGGUCCGGUGGCUCGUCACCUGCGCGACGGAGUUAGGAUUGGAUGCGCUACUGUCUAUCAUGCAAAAUUGGUACGAGCUGUUCACGCCUACAGAAGCGACAGGCCCAGUGGCGGCAGCCGCGAUGUCACAUGCAACGGCUCUAAGGCUUGGGCUGACCUUUGAACAGCAGGAGAAACUCAGUGCCUGUGCAAGGACACUAGCGCUACAGUGUGCUGCCAAGGACCCCCCUGGCUGUGCUCUCAGCGCGCUAUCAGUGUGCGAAGGCUCGGCCGGCGCCUUCGAAGCCGCUUGCGCCGCCGUCGGAGGCGCGGCCGCCAGAGGAGCCCUGGCGUCUUCGCAGCUCUUCGCGGUAGCCAGAUACAUGGAGCAGAGGGGACAGCCCGCGAGAGCGAUGAGGCUGGCCACUUUGGCCAUGAGGAAUCUGCACCUUCAUUAUAAUCAAGACAGCCACCCAGCGAUAGCAGACAUCCACUGGGCGGUGGCGCUUGCGCAUUCGCUAGGCCGAGCGGAGUUACAGGCGAUGCUGCCUCUACUUGUCAAGAACGUGCAGUGCGCGCCAGUUCUGUCGGAUGUGCUCCGUCGCUGCUGUGUGGCCGCCGCUGGUUGCUCGCGCUCCCGCCCGCCCCCGCCGCGCCCGCCCACGCCGCUGCGGCCGCUGUUAGAAGCGGCGCUGCGGGCCUACGCCUCCACCACCCAUGCGCGGCUGGCCCAUAUCAGCCCGAGGCAUUAUGCGGACUUCGUGGACUUCCUAGGCAAAGCGCGUGACACGUUUGCGCUCGCGCACGACGGGCCACACCAGUUCGCGGCUUUACUCCAAGAGAUCAAGCUCAAGUACAAAGGCAAGAAGAAGCUCAUGUUCCUCGUCAAAGAGCGCUUCGGUUGAUACACGCUGCAUUCCAGAGCCAGGACGUGACGAAACGCACUCGUGUGACCAUGACUUGUGGGUGUACGCGGGAAUUCGCGGGAUUUUUAGUGAUGUGUGACAAUUACUUGAGUGUACGCUUGGGAUUUGUGUGAUAAUGUCCCGAUAGUGAAUAUUUGAUGACGUUUUCAAGUCAUCUUUUAGUAGAAUGAGUGGCGCAACUAAAAAUAUUAUUCUCUGUAACGUGAGUCAAUAUGAUAAUAAACAAUCGUUUUCCUAUUGUUUUACCUAAGGACCGGGAAAAGGUUACGUGGGGUAUCAUUAAACCCAAAA